UAGUGCACAGUAAAUGGGAUCAAAUUUGAAAAGCUUCAGAAAGGAGCAGGAAAGAAUGUUGCUAGCCUGGAGAUGUUCUUCUCUGGAUUUCCCAAGAUUAUUGGUAUGGAGAACUUCCCAGAUCUUCAAAAUUUAACUCUGAUGGGACAACAGAUUACAAUGCUGGAGAAUCUGGACUGUUUGCCAAACCUUACAGAGUUAUGUGUGUCUGAAAGCAAGAUAACUGCUAUCUCUGGCCUUGAUGGCUGUAAGAAGUUGAAAAAGCUGUUCUUAUAUGACAACAAGAUUACAAAGAUUGAGAAUAUUUCUCACCUGGAACAGCUGAAUGUUUUAUGGCUGAACAACAACAAUAUCAUUGCAAUUGAGGGCUUAGAGAAGCUUCUUUAUCUCCUUGAUCUGAACUUGGCAGGAAAUAAGAUUACAGAAAUCGGGAAUUCUCUCAAUGGAAACUUAAAUCUUAAAACUUUGAAUUUGUCAGCAAAUUGCAUUGCAUCCUUAAAGGAUCUUACAAACUUGUCACAGCUGCCAUGUUUGGAGUCUCUAAGUUUAAAAGACCCUGUGUACGGGCCAAACCCAGUGGCUUUGCUGUGCAACUACUCAACACAUCUCUUGUUUCAUCUGCCAAACCUGGAAAGAGUGGACUCCUACAAUGUGGACGAUAAAACACUGAAGGAACUGGCAGAGACCACAGUGGUUAAGAAGAAGAUGUAUUACAACAUGCGCGUGAAGACGAUGCAGAGAAACAAGGCUGACUUGCUUUUCAGACUGGAGACUGAGAGAGCAACUCUUCAGGCUGAACCCAGGAACAGAAUGCUUAAACUCUUUUCAGCCGUCAAAGAUAUAGAGAGAGAGGUUGAGGAACAAAGAGAGGGAUUGUCAUCAUCUUUUAAAGAAAACAAAAAUCCCAUAAGUCCUGUUGCAGGGGACGAGGGGAAGAAAGAAAACUUGGAAGAGAAAGAGACCCUAGCGACUGAUACAAUGAUGUUCUCACAGAAGCUGCAAAAGAAGAAGGAAGCACUGCUGAAAAGAAUUGCAAAACUACAGAGACAGCGUGAAGAAAUUAAUCAGUGUCAUCAGGAGAGUUGUGAACAAGUCAAUAAUGUCUCCGAGAUGACAGUUCAGCGGCUGUUGUUGGAGUUGGAGACUGGAGGAAAUGUGCGCUUUGAAGACGGCAAACAAACAGAUCCGUGGUACAAGUCCUGUCAUGAUCUGAUUUUUUCAAGGUUCUGUGUUGGAGACUACUUGGGUUUGGGAAUUUCUGGUAUCAAGGUUCACAGGAUUACGAGAAUCCAUAACAGAAUCUUAAGAACGAGAUUUGAUGAUAAACUCGAUCUGAUAUUGGACCGGGAUGAUAUUACGGAGCUAACCCAGGGAAGAUCAUACAAAAGGCUUCUAGAAUAUCUCUUCUUUAUGUGGAAUCCUGCUCUGCUCAACGGAAAUGGUGAACCGAUAAGAGUACUGGAGGAGGGCUUCCGGCCGGCACAAGUUUAUGAGAGAUUAAAUGAAGAGGGUGGAGUCCCACUGGCCAACAGUGUUAGUGUCUGUGACAGAUCAAGAGUGGAUUUUCUCAGGAAACGGGCUAGGGAAAGAGGAAGUACUGACCAGUGUCCGUUUAGACACGGUCAGCUGAUUGUAGCUAAAGUGUUUGUCGGAAAAGUCGUCCCGGCAAAAAAUGAAAACAAGAUCACUAGAGCAACAUAUCGCGGAGCAGACUCAGUAUUUCGAGCGCGAAAACACGAGAACUGUCCGAGCAGACCUGGAUCGACAAUAAAGAGACAAGUUAUGGACACGAGUUGCGAGUGUAGCGCGCGGCAGUGCGCGUGGUUCGUGUUUGAUCACGAGAUGGUCUUACCGGAGUACGUGGUGGAUUUCGAAUAUAUCACCAAGGUGAAACCCAAAUCUUCGUUUAUUUAUUAUUACGGGGAUGUGACCACGCCAAGUUAUAAACAGAACGGGGAGCCUGGGGAGGAGAAAGAAAACAUUCCUGACGAGGAUGUUUUGAACAUGGAACCUGUUAUUCCUACAAGACCAAGGUUUAUUGCCCUAACAGAAGAACUGUUGUUUAAAAGGUGCAAUGUGGAGUGUUUGGAACAUAUUGUUUGCUUAAAUCUCCAUGGCAACGGUCUGAGCCGCUUACAGCUCGUGAAUUGUAUGACGGCCCUCAAGAGGUUGACAGUCAGCUACAAUGAACUAACGCGAUUGGAUGACGUCAGUCACAUGAUAUUUUUGGAGUAUCUUGACGUCAGUUUUAACAAAAUUACAACCUUGGAUGGAUUGAAGGGCUGUAAUCGUCUAAAGCAUUUAGAUGUGAGUUGGAACCUUCUGACGCACACCCGAGAGGAACUGGGCAUCAUGAGGAAACACGUGAUCACUCUUACUUAUCUGGACACGCGCAAUAAUCCUUGGCAAAAACCCGAAACUUUAAGAAUGCGAGCUCUUGGCAGACUGAAAAAUCUGGAGUAUUUGGAUGGAGUUCAAGUUACUGACGAGGAGAUGACAACAGCAUUAAAGAUGGCGGCCGCUUCCCGCCCUUCUUCUUUUGCUAUUCUUGCGCAUGCUCGCACAGACCAGAGCAAACCGCGGACUUUGAGUCUGGUACCGACUGCUCAAGCUAUCCUGGCCAGCAGUCAAAAUAGACCUGUCAAGUUACAAGACGAUGACAGCCAAUGGUUUAUCAAGGUUACAACGGUGAACCUCGAUAAUCAGCAUCUUGGAAAAUUAGCGAACAUGGAGCAACUGGAAAAUUUACGAUGGGCGUCUUUCAACGGCAACGAUCUUACUAAGAUUGAGGGUCUCGAGUCUUGUGUUUAUUUGGAGGAGCUUUCUGUUGAAAACAACUGCAUUAACAAGUUUGAAGGGUUAAGUAAGCAGUCCAUGCUAACAUGGUUAAGCCUGGCUGGGAACCAACUCACUACUCUUGAUACCGGAAUGUUGGAGAAGCUUCCUCGAUUAAGAUAUUUAUCCGUGGAAAACAACGCCAUAUCUCAUCUACGUGGCUUGCAGAAUUGUCAGAGCCUCCAGGAGUUUUACAUAGGAAACAACACACUGGCGAACAUACGAGAGGUUUACAAUCUCAAGACUCUCCCCAGUCUUCUUAUUCUGGACCUAUGCGGUAAUCCGAUGUCUACUGCUGGUCAGAACUACCGUUUGUUCGUUAUUUAUCACCUGACAUCACUCAAGGCUUUGGAUGGAUUAGCUGUGGAAACUUCAGAGGGAAGUCUGGCCAAAGAUAUGUUUGGAGGAAGGCUAACUCCUGAUUUUAUUGCCGAACGUUUGGGACACUCAAACUUCUCCGAUCUCAGAGAGCUUGACUUACCCCACAGCUCACUAAGAACUGUGGAUCUUGGAACUAAAGACGCUUUUUUUAACUUGAGAAGUGUGAAUCUUGAACAUAACUCACUCACUUCAUUUGGCGGCUUGGUGAACCUCAUCAAUCUUAAGGUCCUUUGUCUUAAUCAUAAUCACAUUGAAUGCGUGGUCGCAAAGCCCAAAGCGACGUCACCAGCAAACGCGCCGAAACGAGGCAGUGAUGUCUCUUCGGGAUUGGAGAUUACAAACCCAGAGAAUUUUACUCCAGUUCUCCCCAAUCUCGAGGUUCUUCACUUGGGGUACAAUGGUAUUACCAAUAUGGCGGCCCUUCACUUGUCACGACUAACUAAGAUAAGAGAACUUUCUAACCUGGAGCCUCUUCAAAAUCUCCAGCGGUUGUACUUAGGAAUGAACCGUAUUCAAGACAUAGCAGAGUUGGAAAAGCUGGAAUGCUUAAGGCACCUGGUUGAACUUUCGGUCAUAAAUAACGCGGUCACUCGACGUCUUCUGCACCGACCCUUGUUAGUCUACCGCAUGCCCAACCUUUUGUGCAUCGAUGGGAUCCCUGUAUCGAGUGACGAGAAAACUAAAGCCGAGCUGUAUUUCAUGGAACAACAGAGUGGAAUGCAAAGCAUGACGUCAGCUUUGGAACCCAGUCUCCCAGGAAUCGUGACAACACGUUCCCAGGCUCCGCUUCGGGUGACAACAGUUCAGUUGAGCAGCACCACGGACCGUAACUGGGGAAUUACUGGUUUAAAACAAGAAUUUCCAAACGGAACGCUACUAAGAACAGGCGAACAACAACAGGAUAAAGCUCGUCGUCGCGCGGGCAAUGUGCGUGGAGGCUCGAACCACUCGCUCCAAACCUUGUCAACCUCUGACUCCACCCACAGCUUGUCAGGGGACAGAUACGGACGUACUUCCGUCAGUCUCAGUACACAACAGUCAGGUGGCAUCAGCAGGCAGCCACAGGCCUCCUCGUCUGCGCCCUAUAUUGCACAGGGGUCUUACUCUCCUUACAACGUGAAUGGUGACGUCACUGAUACAAGCAGGAGUAAGAAUACUCGAUUCAAGUAGAGUAUACGUAUUUGAGUACUUGAUGGCGGUCAAAUUAGUUAUCCAUGGGAAUGUGGCAGAGAAGCAGAGUUCUUCUAUUCAAGAACACGCUCAUUGGGUAGAGAAGGAUUCGUUAUCAUUUUCGCUUCUGCAAAAGACAUUGUACAAACACAGUUCAAAUCAACAUCUGGAUAUAGUUUUCAUGAGGCCUCACUCUAGUUUUAUUUCAGUCGUGCGACAGUUUGCUUCCGGAUAGACUUUGCUAGUUAAAUGGGUAGCCUUCAGAACAGGCGAAUUUGUGUGGACUUUUCAGGCGAUCGAAGGCAAGCACGAAUCACGCGCGAGGAGAGGACAAAUAUAUCAUGAACAUAACAUUUUUAUUUUUUGCACCUUUCUCCUCGCGCAUGACUCGCGCUUCGUGUUCGCCUCGCACUUUCCUUAGUUCGCCUUAAAUGCGCCAAAAGAUCUCACCUGUUCUGUAGGCUAAUAGCAGACAAUUUCAUUGACCUGCAAUGAGAUGUCCCAGGAAAAACUCUACAUAAAAUCUGAACUAGAGAAAUAAUAAUUUUUUUUUAAUGUUUUGCCCUCUGGUAAUGUUUCAUAUUGAAAAUAAUACACCAGAGGAUACAACCUCUGCUAUAGAGGACCAAAACUUUAAGGAAAUGUUAGAAAUGGAAAUAAAAACAUGGAGACAUUA